AAUGUGUCAAUGUCAAGUCACCCAGAAGGACGAGGGGAUCGAAUCGAUCGAAUCUAUCAUCGAAACUUGCUGCCUGGUGCCUGUCCUUCACGGCUAGAAAAUUUAUAUAAAAUAGUCAUAUCUUUGUGUCGCCAUGUCUGUCAUUAAAGGAAACAUGCUGGUUCGAUCCUUGAGCACAUCGGCAGCAGCCGGUCAGCUUGUUAAACCACCAGUACAAGUUUUUGGUUUGGAAGGCAGAUAUGCGUCAGCAUUAUAUUCUGCGGCAACCAAAGCUAAGAGUUUGGAUGCAGUUGAAAAGGAGCUUACUCAGUUCCAACAGUCCAUAAAGACCGAUGCUAAGCUGAAAGAGUUCAUUGUGAAUCCUACUCUCAAGAGGUCUUUGAAGUCCGAAGCUCUAAAGCAUAUGGCUACUCAAGCUAAGCUGUCUCCUACUACAAGCAACUUAUUGGGCUUGUUGGCUGAGAACGGUCGUUUGGGCAAGUUGGAGGCUGUUAUCAAUGCAUUCAAGAUCAUGAUGUCCGCCCACCGUGGAGAGGUGACUUGUGAGGUUGUUACUGCUAAGCCCUUGGACCAGGCCCAGAGACAGAAUUUGGAAGCUGCUCUCAAGAAAUUCCUGAAGGCAAAUGAAAUUAUUCAGCUCACAGCCAAGGUUGAUCCGUCUAUAAUGGGUGGUAUGGUUGUUUCCAUUGGCGACAAGUAUGUGGAUAUGAGUGUUGCCAGCAAAGUGAAGAAAUACACUGAAAUCAUCAGCACUGCUGUUUAAAUAAUCAAAUAACAAUUGAACUGUAAAUCUUAGUAAAGCAAUUAAUAUUUAAAUCAGUUACUCACUAGA